GGAAAGUAACCUUCAUUUUAUCUUCACAAGACUAUGAGGCUAUUAUAUAAAGCGACAGCUCUUUACCUUUUGGCUGGUGAAAAGCUAAUUGGAGCUAUAGCUACAAACAAUGCACAUACCACCCAAUUUUGCUUCACAAGGUAUAGCUCCGAGAGCGUGUUUUCUAUAUCAACUACAACACACACAAUCACAGUUCCAUCAUAUACUAUUACUACAUACCACCCAGAAGAGUUGAUAUCAGUUACACUUCCACUGAUAGUAACCACCACUAUUUCUCUUUCCGUAGCCACUUCUACGCAAAUUGGAGAAGCCACCAAAACUGUCACAAGCAAUGUUAUUUCUACUGGCACGGUUAUCCAGACAACAACCCUCAUGGAAACUACUGAAAUUGGUCCUACUAUCACUGUAACAGCGGUGCAAUCAACUUUGAUAGUCCCUGCAUCUUCUGGAUUUCUUCCUCUGGCAAAUGAUCCUUAUGUGAUCGCCAAUGGAGGGGCUGGAGGGCCCAAAAAGAAGCGCAGAGAGGUCAACAUCGACUCAAAGAUCAAUAUUUUGAUGAAAAAUAAUAAGACGAAAGCUCCAGCCACAAAUUCACCCUCUAAGCCAACUAGCUUUAACAACCGCCGCUACUCCCGCCAUCAUCCCCACCAAGCUGAUAGCCCAGAGCCGAUUGACUCUUCAGCUUCUGUUCCAAUGGAUUCCGAUAUUGGGGCCAAGCUAAAAAGAUGGUGGUUUGAUUCAUGGUGGACAGGCACCAGAUAUCCUUCCUUGGUGUAUUGUCGAGAAAUUGUCAGGAAUGUCCAAACUCGAACAAUCACUCUUCAACCACAAGGAGGAAGUACUACAACUUUGCCUCAAGAAGUCGCAACUUCCGUCAUACUAUCAACGACAACACAAAUCAUUACAUCGACCCCGUCUACGACUACAACAGUUGUCCAAAGUGAAAAUGUAACCUCAAUAAUCACCGAAAAGGAUGUGAUCACUCAUGGUUCACCAACUACAACAACCGCAUUUCCUCCACAGGCUACACUGUUUGAUAUGUGCCAGGAGAACAACAUAGUAGCGACCGUUGGAGGUGCUACUAUUGACUACUCUUUACCCAGCUAUGGUCCAUCCAGCCUUCAACUUCACUGGACAUAUAUAGCAGAUCCCUAUAUAAAACCAUACAACUGCUGUGCCAUAUGUGCACAAUCAUCUACAUGUGUUGGAUAUUUCUACAAUAUAGACACAACAGCCAAUCCCGGUCCUGCUGUGACCUGUUUUACACACGAAGCGACAGAUGGUGUUUGUGAUCCUUCUGGGAUUCGGUAUGUCUUCCGCGCAGAUCCUAAUCGCAGCACUCUAUUUCCUGAUAUAGUAGGAAAUGGAAAUUGCGGUAAAGGGCAACUUGAUACAGGGGCUAGACCUACGCUGGAUGGUAAAAUGUGAUUCUUUGUGUCCAUUGAAUUCCAGGAGAAUAGGAAUGAUCGUUGGUCGACUAACCAGGGUAUAUUUUAUGGAUUGUUAUGUUUUUCUUCGCUUCCAAAUUUCGGUUGGGCCAAAUGUUCAAAACCCUCACAUAAAUAAGAACCAAAAAAAGGAAAAUCUGGGGUUUUGA